GUGCUUAACGGAAAUGAUUCCACCCCAGAGGAGGAGAGUAGUAUUAUAACCCAGAUCAAUGAGAUGUCAACGCUCAGCUGGUCGACACGCAUCAAAGGCUUUUGCAUAUGCUUUGUACUUGGCAUCGUACUGUCGUUUCUCGGGUCUUUGAUGCUCUUCUUACACCGCGGCGUAGUGGUGUUUGCGGUCUUCUAUACGCUCGGUAAUAUAAUAUCAAUGGCGAGUACCUGCUUUCUUAUGGGACCAGUUAAUCAAAUCAAGAAAAUGUUCUCAUCUACACGCUUAAUAGCCACUUGCAUUGUGCUUGCAUCGAUAGUUAUGACCUUCAUAGCUGCAAUUGUGCUCCAUAAAGCCGGCUUGACAUUAAUUUUCAUUAUCAUUCAAUCGUUAGCUAUGACCUGGUAUUCACUUUCAUACAUCCCAUAUGCUCGUGAUGCUGUGAAGAAAACCAUCUCCGCUUGCCUAGAUGUGUAAAACUGCUAUAAUGUGGCAAUUUUAUGUUCUACUAAUCGCUGCAUACACAACAAGCAUAGUAGCUACCCUGCAAACCAAAGUUCCCGAAAUCUUAGUAGUAU